CGACUCGGUCACAGCUACGUCAACGUUGCUCAACUCUAUUGAAUGCAGACACGUCAGAACACAUUUCAAUCUUGAAGUUAUUUACACAAUUGCUUUCGUCUUUGAAAAUCAGUCGGAAGUAAACACUCCAAAAACCAACAACCAUGAAGUUGGUACAGGUGCAUGUCGUGCUGACGUUUGCCCUGGCAGUGUCAGUAGUCAGAGCUUUACCUGUGACGCAGAACAAAAAGGAGGAAAAGGUGAAGGAACCAGCACCUACAGCAGAUGUGGGGGAAAAACUGGAGUAUGAACGUUAUUUGCGCGAAGUUGUAGAGGCGCUAGAAGCUGAUCCCGAGUUUAGGAAGAAGCUGGACCAAGCGCCUGAGGCCGACAUACGUAGUGGCAAAAUUGCACAAGAGCUCGACUAUGUGAAUCAUCACGUGCGCACAAAGCUGGACGAGAUUAAGCGACGUGAAUUGGAACGUUUACGUGACUUGGCCAAUAAGGCAUUCGAUCUGAGCAAUGACAUUGAUCGGAAUCAUUUAAAAGUUCCACAACAUCUGGAUCACGGCAAUGAGCACACUUUUGAAAUAGACGAUUUGCGCAAGCUGAUACAAAAAACAUCCGACGAUUUGGCUGAGGCGGAUCGUAGGCGUCGCGGCGAGUUUAAGGAGUAUGAAAUGCAAAAGGAAUUUGAACGCGAGGCUCUAAAGAACGAAAUGGAUGAGAAGUCACGAAAGAAAUUCGAAGCAGAGAUAAAAGAAAAGGAUGAUAAGCACAAGCAGCACGCGAAAGUGCAUCACCCAGGCAACAAGGCACACCUAGAGGAAGUUUGGGAGAAACAGGAUCACAUGGACAAGGACGAUUUUAAUCCGAAAACCUUUUUUUCCAUUCAUGACGUUGAUAGCAACGGCUAUUGGGACGAGGCUGAAGUAAAGGCGCUUUUCGUCAAGGAGCUGGACAAGGUGUACCAGAGCAAUCUUCCCGAGGAUGAUAUGCGCGAGCGCGCCGAGGAAAUGGAACGCAUGCGAGAACACUAUUUCCAGGAAACGGACACCAACCAUGAUGGCCUUAUAAGCAUAGAGGAGUUUAUGCAGCAAGCCACAAAAGAGGAGUUCCAAAAAGAUCCGGAGUGGGAAACCAUUGAUCAACAACCGCAGUAUUCGCACGAAGAAUUUUUGGAGUUUCAACGAAGACGAAAAGAAGAAGUAGAGCGCAUGGUUGCCCUCGGACAACUGCCACCGCAUCCUAAUAUGCCGCAAGGCUAUUACGCAGCGCCACCGCCAGGUGGCGUGACUUAUCACGCGGUCACGCCAGGCCCUCAACUGCACUACCAGAAUCCAAAUCAGUUGCACGCGCAACAGCAGCAACAAUAUGCCCAUCAACAACAACAAUACGCCCAACAGCAACAGCAGUAUAAUGAACCGUACCAACAUCAGCAGAAUGCACAGCCACAGCCCGUUCAAUUGAACCCAAAUCAAGUGUAUGAGCAUGCUAAACAGACACCAGAAGGACUCCAGGUGAAUCAGCAACCGAUACAAAUGCAGCAAAAGCAACAACAGCAGCCUGUGCAACAGCAGCCUCUGCAACAGCAGCAACACACCGAGGGUCAAAAUCAAGUGAAUUUGCAACAGGCCAACAAUCAAUCAACUCCAUUUGUGCAAAACAAACAACCUCAACAAAUACCUGAGGCCCAGCACCAUUAGACUAACUAAUAAUAAAAGCCACAAAAUAAACAACA